AUGAACAGUUCCAAAUACAAGUCAAUAUCUGUGUUUGCCCGACUUCCGCCAGCGCUGCCCGUUCAAAAACAUUACCUGGCACACUGGCCCGAAUACUUCAUUGUUGCCGAGGCGCCUGGUGGAGAACUUAUGGGUUACAUAAUGGGGAAAGCUGAAGGAUCUGUGGCCAGAGAGGAGUGGCAUGGCCACGUCACAGCACUUUCUGUAGCUCCUGAAUUCCGGCGUCUUGGUUUGGCUGCUAAACUCAUGGAGCUCCUGGAAGAAAUAUCUGAAAGGAAAGGUGGGUUCUUUGUGGAUCUUUUCGUCAGAGUGUCCAAUCAGGUUGCAGUUAACAUGUACAGACAGCUGGGUUACAGUGUGUACAGGACCGUGAUCGAGUAUUAUUCAGCCAGCAAUGGGGAGCCAGAUGAGGACGCCUAUGACAUGAGAAAGGCACUUUCCACAGACACAGAGAAGAAGUCCAUCAUACCGCUGCUGCACCAAGUCAGGCCGAAGGACAUUGAAUAACCUUAGCUAUGGUUCUUGGGCAAAGUAGUCUUGAUCAGAUUUGCAUAUUCAGUAUAUUUAGCACAAUACUAAAUUAGUCCUACAGCAUUUAAGCACACUGCUAAGAAUAUUUUAUGCCAUGUUCUCCACACUUUUUAUGGACAUUACACUUUUUAUGGACAUGUGCACGGUAAAGCUGGCCAUACACUUUAGAUAGAUGUAGGCUGAACACUCGUUCGGUCAACAGCUAUCUCUUCUGACCCUGACUACCCUACACAUGCACGCUUAGCUGAGGCUGCGUGUAUUGUGAAUAGGGAGAAAGCCGCUGCCAGGCACCCCUUGAAGUCGCUUAUCUCCCCAGAGAACAAAAAAAUUGAGAAUGUGGUCAUUCAUUACGUUCUAUCCUACUUUUCCCUGACA